GGACGUGCAUGCGUUCACCCCGGAAAUAAGGAGCGUCAGCGCUUGCGGGCGCGGCUACCUGUCACCGGUCCCGGUUCCCCGAGGCGGACGACCGUCCUUCCCGGUGGCCGCAGCCGGGCCGUCCCACCGCGCCCGCGACUCGCCCCGCCCACAAGGAGCCAGGACCCGCCGCGGCCGCGGACGGUGAAGACACCCAGACAAGUGGAAGAGUGUUUUCUCCUCUGGCCACCAAGCAGGCACCCUCUGCGUCGAGAGCUGCAGAGCGGGGUGACGGUAACCUCCCGGGUUAUUUGAGGAUUGAAUUCUAUGGUCCCUGGAUGGUGCCCGUCCCAGGUCCUGGCGUGGAGACGGAACGCGCACCAGUGCCGGCACGUGAGGCCCUGGGAGCUCUGGGAGAUGAAGUUCGGCUGCCUGUCCUUCCGGCAGCCUUAUGCGGGUUUCGUCUUAAAUGGGGUGAAGACCCUGGAGACGCGGUGGCGGCCCGUGCUGAGCGGCCAGCGGCACCGCACCCUGGCCGUCCACAUCGCGCACAGGGACUGGGAGGACGCGGCCUGGAGGGAGCUGCUGGCCGGGAGGCUGGGGAUGAGCCCCGCGCAGAUCCAGGCCUUGCUGCGGGACGGGGAGAAGUUCGGCCGCGGAGUGAUAGCCGGGCUGGUUGACAUUGGGGACACUUCGCUGUGCCCGGAAAACUUAGGUCCCAACGAGGUUGCGGAGCUGGAGAAUCAAGCCCUGCUGCCCAACCUGCAGCAGAAGUACCUGACUGCGCUUGCCAACCCCCGCUGGCUGCUGCAGCCUGUCCCCGGGAGAGGCGGGAAGGACGUCUUCCAGGUGGACAUCCCCGAGCACCUGAUCCCCUUUGGGCAGGAGGCCUGACCAGACUGGGCUCUCGAGAGGAAGGUGACCGAGAGACCGGCUCAUUGUGCCACCGUCCACUCGCCUUCACGCCCUGGACGUGCACGUCUGGUUCGGUCUGAAUCGGCCCUGCCCCGGGGAGCGCUGCCCGCUCCGUGCUGUUCACGGAAGCAGACGUGCCCACCUGGUGCAGGGACAGGGGUUGGGACUCUCCUCGUGCGAUGCCGCUCUGGGCUCAGCGACAGAGUCUCGAGGACUUUGACCUUUAGGAAAAGAUGGCAGUGCCACUCGUUUUGGCCCUACUGGUUCUGGGUGGUUGAGAGAGAUGUGUUUUGAGGGGACCAGUUGGCGUUUUCCCCUCUUUGGCCUGGUCAGAACUCCCAGAUGUUUGGACCGCGUCUGGGGAACGAACGAUGGGGGAAGGCCGGUGGCGGGCCUCGUGCACGUGGGAGAGGACCGCAGGCCCAGAAAGAGGGCGCGGUCUGUCCUUGCAGGUGACCCUGGCCCUGUUGUAAAGCGUCCCUUGGCUCACGAAGCGUGUGUGUUAGACGUGCUGCCCGGCCACUUCACGUCCGAAGACAGGCUCCUAAAUACAGCUCUGACGGCAAAGUGAAAAGGGCUGGCGCUCGCUUUGUGGAAACCUCUUACUUCUCUGUGGGGUUUGGGGCCAUUUGUCAGCAAGCUUUCUAGGGGUUGUCACCUCUGAAGGUGCUGGGCUUUCCCCCAGGUGUCGGCUGGGAAGGGCCCGUCUCUUCUGAGGCAGACGGCAGUGUGCACGCCUACCUUGGUGGGUGGGAUGGCCCUCCUUUCCGGCGGGCCUCUUUGGGAGGCCCCUGGAUGGUGGGCUGGACACACGCUCAGCUGCGGGUCAGAAACUUCUGGCAUCGUAGGGGGACCCAGGAGGAGGCUCCUUCUGCUUCAGGAUGCAUGACUAAUGGAAGGUGACACCCCUGAGGUCAGGAGCCAGGCUGUGCUGCCUCCUGACUAGCAGGCAAGGCCCAGGGACCAGCCUGUCCUGGGCUGGCCUCAGCGCUCCCGAGCCACGUCCGUGGCUGAGCGUGGGAAAUGCUGCGGCUUCAAUCGAAAGGGGGCGGCGGGGACCAAAGCCUGCCGGGGCUGUGGGUUUCCAGCCUCGUCGGGCCCGUCCACUGAGAUGUGUGACUAGUACGGACAGUUAGAAAGGAAACAAGACUCGCACUUCUCGUUCGAUUCUUCAUUUGCUCCCGUGGACUUUGGCUUUUCUUUAUUAGAGACAAAAGUAGGUUCUUGGUUAUGAGAUGGGGCUUUUUGUGUGUCCCCAGGGGCCUGCGAGCUCAGGGAUCGCAGUGGUCCUUGCACUGUUGGCGGAGAGCACGCCUGCAGUCUGAGGAGCCCCCCUACUCCUCGUCCACCUCAGGGACCUUGUUUGGGGACGUAGCUAAAAGGGCCCCCGGCAGGAGGGAGAGACAGCUGUUGUACAGAGACAUCUCCGAGCCAUAAGCCGGGUAAACCGUGGGGCUGGCGGGCAGUUCCCUGGCGCCAUAGCGGGGGCACAGAAGUGACAUUCCAGGGAGUGCCCUGCCCGCUCAGGCCGCCCUGCUCACUGGGGGCGUGGUGUCCCCUGGCCCAUCCCGCUCCACCGCUCGUAGAGCACGUGCUAGAGGACAGGAGAGGCUGGGUAGCGCUGGGCCCCUGAGCACCUGGGGCUUUCUUCUGGGUGGUGGAAUCGUUGUAAGGGAUUUGUGGGGAGCGUCUAGUGGCAGCCACCGGCUUCUUUCCCUUCGGGGCUGUUGCGCUGGUCCCGGGCUGAUCAGUUGCUCCCAGGUUGCAUUUUCUCUGAAUGUUCUCGAUGAGCAGAGGCUUGUCUCUCUGAAAGUUGGAGUUGCAGAAGAUCUGAAAUGAAACGAAUCACUUUAGCCAUUCUGGGAGAAAAUACCCACUCCUCCCCGCCCACCCCCGUCCCUCAUAAUGGUCUUAUCUGACUGUGGAGAAAAGGUCUCUUUAAGUUCCUGGCAGGUUAUUCCGCCCUGGAGUGUGCGCUCCCUAGAGCUCCCCGAGGCGAGCCUCGGUCGAGGUGUUACUGUCGCUACCUGACAUCUCGUGGCCUCUCGAGGGGGUCUGUAGGCGCACCUGCAGGUCCCCUCUAAGGGGCUGUGGCUGAAUACCACAGGCUCUACGUUCUCAUCUUUCCUUAACUACCUUCUCACGUGAGGAAACUUAUUCUCGGAAAUGAAACCCGUUCAGCACGUGGCCCAUCUGGCCUCCCCGGGAGGUGUUCGAAUAACAAGAGAACGUGGGCAGCGGAAGGGCUUUCUGCUUUACCAUCAGCCUCUUCUUCCCUGGAGAGCGGCUGCUCAGGCGUAUUUUGCUGAAUCCGUGCCGGUUCAUUUGGCGGAUGAAAGUCGUCAAGCUGUCUGUGUUGAAAAUCCUGUCUGCGCCUCUGCGGUGAAGAACCUCCCUCUGGAAGAGGUCUUCCUCGACGAUCACCAUAUCUCCCUUGUCAUUCCAGCGCACAGAGGUGAAGGCGGGCUCCUCCGCCAUCGUCCAGAGCUUUCUUGGGAGGGAGAGCUGAAGAAUACUCUGGCCACACCGUAGUCUGCGCCCUGUGGUGGCGGGUUGUCUUGGGAGACGGGAUCUGGGCUCUCGGCUUGGUCGCCCUGCUUCUCCGAACUCUCCCGUGAAUCCACGUUGGGAUGCGGGGACGCACGAGAGGGGACCCACGUUGCUGGCUCUGCGUCAGCCGAUGGGCCCAGCAUGGCUGUACACAGCUCAUCGCUGCUCUGACUAGCCAUGGAGCCAGUCUGGAUUGGGAGCAUUCUCCACCCGAGACCGUAUGACUGAACUCUCAGGGCAGAAAUGCCUUGGACCAGAGCGGGGAUGCCCAGUAAAUACUGUCCGCAAGAUUCUAGAAUCUCGGUAGUGGGGCAGCCAGCCGCUCAAGUCGCAGUCUUCUUUAUUGUCACGUGAUGUCACCGAGGCGGUCUGGAGAGGGAGCCCUGGCCAAGUGUCUUUUUUUCUAAAAGCCUCGAAAAGUGUGGUUCAAGUU